UCCCCUUUGUUGUCCGUACUAUUGUGUGCCCUAAUAGGCUUUUUCUUCCUUCCGUCUUCCAAGCCUCAGUCUCCAUCGAUCAGUCUCUCUUCCUCACCUCACCGACGGAGCGAGCUCCGACUCCGAGCACCGUCCCUCGGUCUCCCUCUCUCACUCUUGUUCACUUCACCGACCACCGCUGGCCCUGAAGCUCCACGGUCAGGGAAGGCGAAAUGAUUGAAUUUCGGGCUGGUAAGAUGACCCUUGAGGGGAAAAGGGUUGUCCCUGACACCCGCAAGGGGCUUGUCCGCAUUGCUCGGGGUGAGGAAGGCCUGAUGCAUUUUCAGUGGCUUGACCGCACUCAAAAUGUUGUGGAAGAUGACCAGAUAAUUUUUCCUGAUGAGGCAGUUUUUGAGAAGGUGAAUCAAGCUUCAGCGAGGGUAUACAUCCUCAAGUUUAAUAGCGACGACAGAAAGUUUUUCUUUUGGAUGCAGGAGCCUAAUGUUGGUGGUGAUGCUCUGAUAUGUAGCUCUGUCAAUUACCACAUCAAUCAACCACUAGAAAUACCUGAAGAAGAUGAGCCUGAUGCUUCUCCUCCUCUACAAGUUUCAGAAGACAUUGCUGAAGAUGACAUCUCAUCACGUGCUGGAAACUUGGUUGGUCCCAGUUUGGGUGCUGAAGGAACUAGUGAUGUGACAUCGUCUGGACCGGUAAAAUUGGAAGACUUGCAAAGAAUUUUAAGUAGCAUUGGGCCUGAAGGAGAAUCAGAUGCAGGCUUGGGAUUAGGUGACAUUUUGAAGCCCGAGUUGAUAAUGCCAUUGAUGGACACCUUGCCAUUGGAGCAGUCUUUAGCAUCAUACCUUCCCGAGGGUCAGUGGACUCCAGAGGAUAUUUUGGAGUUACUUCAGAGUCCACCUUUCCGCCAACAAGUGGAUUCAUUCACCUAUGUGCUCCGAACAGGUCAGAUCGAUUUGUCUCAGUUUGGAAUCGACCCAUCAAAAUACAAGUUCACCGUGUCGUCCUUCCUUGAGGCUUUGGAAGAUUCAGUAUCGAAAUCAGUGGACACUGAAGACGAGGAUUUAAGAUCUCAAUCAUGUCAAAGCAAUGAUCCCAUGGACGAGGGACAAUAGUAUGGAUAGGGCCCCCGUAAGAUACAUAGGUUUGUUUCUCUGUGCAUCCUCAUCCCGAUUAAGUCUUUCGUCUGAUUGGUGACAUUAGAAGAUUGUUAACAUUACUCUUUGCACAGACAAAUAAGCACUGCCAUCUCCAUCUGUUGUGUGACCGGAUAAUGUUAUUUGUUUCCAAGCCUUUAUUGGAUUAUGUUGUUUGAUU